AUGUCUUCCAUUCAGGACUUUUGGCCCCCUAUCGAGGAGGCUAUCAACAUCAACAACGACCCCUCCCAGCCCAACACGACUUCUCACGUCCAAUGCCCCAUUUGUUUGGAGGCUAUUGCAGUGACAAGCUUCUCUCCCGUGCCAGAGCGUGAAGGCGACAUUUUGGGUACGGAUCCAACCCUCGGAGAGAUCCUUCUCUGCGGUCACGUUCUAUGCCAGGCAUGUCGUGUCCAAAACGAGGAUGCUUCCAACCCUUGGGAGGACCGCAAAUGUCCCAUGUGCCGUACUUCCCUACAGUGCAUCGACUGUGGUAAACCUUCUCAGGUGGUGCCCAUCCCCAAGGAGGGCCCUACUUCGACAGUCCCUGCAAUUCUGACUGGCGGCAGCCGGUGCAGAGAUUGUAAGGCGAUUGCAGGAUUUGACGAGAGUAUUCAGCAAGGUGGGUGGCCAGAAGGUCUUGGUGACCUAGAACCUGGCUUUGUCCCUCUGUUUUACCACUUGGUAACUAAGAUGCAACAGCAGAAUAUGAUCGUCUGCAAGAGAUCUAUCGUCAAUGCGUUUUCUACCAUUGUUGAGGAGGAGUUUGGACACAUGGUGACCAAGCGUUCAGAUCGGAUUCACGAAAUGCACGCUGCCCUGGAGGGAGAGAGCCCUUGGUUUGAAGAAGAGGAUUCUUCCGAAGAUGAGGAGAUAACUUUUCCUCCUUUGGAAGAGCCACCAACUCCACAUGUUCAAUGGCAAGAUUCCCUUGCACCACAUGUUGGACACGAGUUCACUGCUAUGCUAGAGGCGUCACAGCCCCCAGCACAAAGCCAGCAGCAGUCACAGGCACGUACAGCACAGGGAGUUCAAAAUUCUCUGGGUUCACUGGCAGCGAGACCAACUCCACGGGCAGGCCUGAGGCAGCUCUUUGGGCCUCGUUACGAAGAAUGGCCUGGGCCUGUGGGAGCACCGAACAACAACCCGAACGGGAUGCGUCUAGUCUCAGUUGCAGCAAGACCAUCUACGCAGGAAGGUGUUUUGGCAGAGUUUGUCGAAACAUAUGUUCCUGAAGAGUGGGUCAAUGUGGGAAACAACGAGUGGCAGUCUUUUGGCUUUGAUCACGAGGCUGUUGACAUCCAUGUAGACUCGAACGGCAAUGAUGAUGAGGAGCAUCACAGCGUCGACGACGACACGAGUAGUGAAGACGAUGAUGACAGUGGAACCUACAACGAUGACAGCCCAAACUCGAGUAGUAGUGAAAGCGAAGACGACUCGAAUAGCAACGAAGAUGGGGAUGUCGAAAUGACAUUCUAA